CUAUCCCGGGUCUGGAUUCUUCAUUCGGGAGCGCUGCUAGACAAGGAUGAAUACGAAUGCAGCCAUAUUCGGCUCCGCAGAGAAGCACACCGGCUAGCGCAGGCUUACACGCAAGGAUUCGCCUACUUAGAAAAAGCACCCACACCCGGUUUUUUGGUGGGCGUGUAUAUAUAGGUUAAAGGUGCGUGUAGUGCUUCGUUAGGGAGUUUAUAAUUGAAGAUUUACAGUUGAGCGGAAUGAGCGUCCGGUCAUCCUGAGAUUCGACGGGAGAAAAAAACCCGACACAUCCCUCAAAGUGGAAAGUACAGAUUUGUCCGGAUUAAGGCAAAUGGAGCCGACAAGGCCUUGGGAGUGAGGAGGGGGUGGAAACGCUGGAAAGCCGCGGACAACAACCGGGUUAGGCGCAUUAGGGCUACGUUUAUUUAAGCACUAUGUUGGGCACAUUUUGCUAGCUGGCUAGCUGGAUGGCUGGCUAGCUUUUGAAGUCUGGGACUUCAGUGCUCCACACAUAUCAGCCAGAUAAAUACGAUUUGUAUAUAUUUAUUAAGCUCAUCCUCGGGUUAUUAAUCUCGACAAAAGUUGUUGUAUCCUCUCUGGCUCUGGGAGUGGUAGCCAGGCCGCUGAACUGGUAGAAGAUGUCUGCGAAGGUGCGCCUGAAGAAGUUGGAGCAGUUGCUGCUGGAUGGCCAUCAGAAAAACGACAGGUCACUGAGUGUGGAGACGCUGCUGGAUAUCCUCAUAUGUUUAUACAACGAGUGCAGCAACUCGCCCUUAAAACGAGAAAAGCAUGUGACGGACUUUUUGGAAUGGGUGAAGCCAUUCACAACCACCGUGAAGGAGAUGCGGCUUCACAGAGAUGACUUCGAGAUGCUGAAAGUGAUUGGCAGGGGCGCCUUCGGAGAGGUUGCAGUGGUGAAGAUGAAACACACCGAGCGUGUUUACGCCAUGAAGAUCCUCAACAAGUGGGAGAUGCUGAAGAGGGCAGAGACGGCUUGUUUCCGAGAAGAGAGGAACGUCCUGGUGAACGGAGACUGCCAGUGGAUCACCACUCUGCAUUACGCUUUCCAGGAUGACAACUACCUGUACUUGGUGAUGGAUUACUAUGUGGGAGGCGACCUGCUGACCUUACUUAGUAAAUUUGAGGACCGCCUCCCGGAGGACAUGGCCAAGUUCUACGUGGCAGAGAUGGUGCUUGCUAUCCACUCCAUCCAUCAGCAACGCUACGUACACAGGGACAUAAAACCAGACAACGUGCUACUGGACAUGAACGGUCACAUCCGUCUGGCUGACUUCGGCUCCUGCCUGAAGAUGAUGCAAGAUGGCACGGUCCAGUCAUCAGUGGCAGUGGGCACCCCGGACUACAUCUCCCCUGAGAUCCUGCAGGCCAUGGAGGACGGCAUGGGGAAGUACGGGCCGGAGUGUGACUGGUGGUCUCUUGGCGUCUGCAUGUAUGAGAUGCUCUACGGUGAGACGCCCUUCUACGCCGAAUCCUUGGUGGAGACCUAUGGGAAGAUCAUGAACCACGAGGAGCGGUUCCAGUUCCCCUCUCACAUCACGGAUGUUUCCGAGGAUGCGAAAGAUCUGAUCCAGCGGCUGAUCUGCAGUAGAGAGCGUCGGUUGGGUCAGCACGGCAUCGAGGAGUUCAAGGAGCACCCCUUCUUCUCCGGCAUCGACUGGGGGAACAUUCGUAACACAGAGGCACCGUACAUCCCUGACGUCAGCUCACCCUCAGACACCUCCAACUUUGAUGUAGACGAUGAUGUGCUAAAAAACCCGGACAUCGCUCCCCCAGUAUCUCACACGGGCUUCACCGGGCAGCACUUGCCCUUCGUGGGCUUCACCUACACCACAGAGAGCCGUUUCUCAGACCGUGUCAGCAUGAGGGGGGUGGCGCUGGCGGAUGGAGGUGCUGGGGAGGAUCUCCAGGAUGGGGGUCUGCCGGUGGAAGCCUUUGAGAAGAGGAUUCGCUGUCUGGAGCAGGAGAAACAGGAGCUCAACCGCAAGCUGCAGGAAUCCACUCAGGCUGUUCAGUCCCUCCAUGGCUCUGGGCGUGGGGCCGGCACACUUGGUCGUGAUCGAGAGAUUAAAAAACUCAAUGAGGAAAUCGAUCGGCUAAAAAAGAAACUGGCAGACUCUGAUAGGCUGGAGCACCAGCUCGAGGAGGCAGUGACUCUUCGACAGGACUUUGAAAGUUCCUCCUCCAAACUAAAGGCACUGGACAAGCAAGUUAAAGCUCUAAAGCUGGAGAAAGAGGAUAUCCAUAAGCAACUGGUGGAGUCUCUGGAUCGCCUGAAGUCUCAGACCAAGGAGCUGAAGGACGCCCACCAGCAGAGGAAGCUGGCCAUGCAGGAGUUUUCGGAGCUGAACGAGCGCAUGGCCGAGCUGCGCUCACAGAAACAGCGUCUGUCGAGACAGCUGCGGGACAAGGAGGAGGAGAUGGAGGUGGUGAUGCAAAAGAUCGACGCCAUGCGCCAGGACAUCCGCAAAACAGAGAAGGCCCGCAAAGAGCUGGAGUCUCAGCUGGAGGAUGCGUGUGCCGAAGCCUCUAAGGAGCGCAAGCUCAGAGAGCACAGUGAAGUCUACUCUAAACAGCUGGAGAGUGAGCUGGAGACGCUCAAGGUCAAGCAGGGAACGGGUCGUGCCUCAGGUCCCAGUUCAGAGACCCAGCAGGAGCUCACCAAGCUGAAGUCAGAGCUGGAUAAGAAGGUGCUGUUCUAUGAGGAGGAGCUGGUGAGACGUGAUGCCAGCCACACUACAGAGCUGAAGAACAUGAGGAAGGAGCUCCAUGACUCUGAGGGUCAACAGCUGUCACUGCACAAAGAGCUGCUGGUGCUCAAAGACAAACUGGAAAAGGCCAAGAGAGAGCGGCAAACUGAGAUGGAUGAGGCCAUGAGUGCUCUGAAGGAGAAGUAUGAACGUGAACGUGAGGAAAACCGUAAACUCACUUUAGAAACAGACAGGCUUUGCAAUUUUGUGGACAAGCUGACGGCUCAGAACAGGCAGCUGGAGGACGAGCUCCAGGAUCUGGCAUCGAAGAAAGAGAGCGUAGCGCAUUGGGAAGCACAGAUCGCUGAGAUCAUCCAAUGGGUGAGCGAUGAGAAAGAUGCACGUGGCUACCUUCAAGCUCUGGCCUCCAAGAUGACGGAAGAGUUGGAGACUCUGCGUAGCUCUAGUCUGGGAUCCAGAACGCUGGAUCCUUUGUGGAAGGUGCGACGCAGUCAAAAAUUGGACAUGUCUGCCCGUCUGGAACUGCAGUCAGCCUUGGAAGCUGAAAUCCGUGCCAAGCAACUGGUUCAGGACGAGCUGCGCAAGGUUAAAGCUGCCAACAUCUCUUUCGAGGGCAAACUGAAGGAUACAGAAGCCAAGAACAAAGAGUUGGAGGAACAGCUCGAGAAUAUGAAGAAGGAGAUGGAGGAGAGCCGCUCACGAUCAGACAAAGGCCUGAAACUGCCAGACUUCCAGGACUCCAUCUUUGAGUACUUCAACACCUCUCCCCUCACCCAUGACCUGACGUUCAGAACGAGCUCUGUCGGUGAAAUGGACACCACACCUCAGAAGACGGACAUCCCCACUUCCUCCCAAUCAGUGACUUCAGAACAGGAUGAGCCAGUCAAGUCUCAGGCGACCACCCCUGCUGCCCCUUCUCCAAUCUAUCAGCCCACACUCAGCGCACCAAAGCCUAAAGCUCAUCAGCUAAGCAUUAAGACUUUCUCCAGCCCGACCCAGUGCACUCACUGUACCUCCCUGAUGGUGGGCCAGACCCGACAGGGUUAUGCCUGCGAGGUAUGCUCUUUCAUCUGCCACGUGUCCUGUAAAGACAACGCGCCCCAGAUUUGCCCCAUUCCUCCAGAGCAGGCCAAGAGGCCUCUGGGUAUUGAUGUGCAGAGGGGCAUUGGCACAGCGUACAAAGGUUUCGUCAGGAUCCCGAAGCCCACAGGAGUGAAGAAGGGCUGGCAGAGGGCAUAUGCUGUUGUGUGUGACUGUAAGCUCUUCCUCUAUGAGGUGCCAGAAGGGAAGUCCACUCAGCCUUGCAUGAUGGCCAGUCAGGUCCUCGAUUUGAGAGACGAAGAGUUCUCUGUAAGCUCUGUGUUGGCAUCUGACGUGAUCCAUGCCAGUCGUAAAGACAUUCCCUGCAUAUUUAGGGUAACGUCAUCCGCUUCGAACUCUCCAAUCCGGCCGGUGCCUCUGCUGGUGUUAGCUGAGAGUGAGACGGAGAAGAGGAAGUGGGUGGGCAUCCUAGAGGGCCUGCAGAACAUCCUGGUCAAGAACCGCCUGAAGAACCGUGUGGUGCAUGUCCUGCAUGAGGCCUACAACAGCAGCCUGCCUGCCAUCAAAACGACACUCUCCGCUGCCAUUCUAGAUCGAGAACGAAUUGCGCUGGGGACAGAAGAUGGCCUGUUUGUAGUCGAGAUUACCAGAGAUGUCAUUGUUCGUGCCGCUGACUGUAAAAAAAUCUGCCAGAUUGAGCUCAUGCCCAAAGAGAAGAUGGUGGCCCUGCUUUCUGGCCGCAGCCGCCAUGUCCAUUUAUACUCCUGGGCGGCACUGGAGGGUGCGGAUGUAAAUUGCGAGGCCAAGUUGGCUGAUACAAAAGGCUGCCAGGCUAUGACCAUAGGUACCCUACGCCCUGGUGGCCCAGCGUGUCUCCUAGCAGGAGUGAAGCGGCAGGUCAUCUGCUACGAAAUCACACGUGUAAAGCCCCAUCACCGUAAACUGUGGGAGGUGCAGGCACCUGGUAUUGCCCAGUGGCUGGGUAUUAUUCGUGAUCGGCUGUGCGUGGGUUACCCGUCAGGCUUCGCUCUGCUGGCCAUGCAGGGCGAGUCGUCACCGGUGAGUCUGGUGAGCCCGGCAGACCCCUCACUAGCCUUUUUGGCCCAGCAGCCUCUGGACGCGCUGCACGCUAUGGAUGUGGGGCCCAAUGAACUGCUCCUGUGCUUCAGUCAGCUGGGAGUGUACGUGGACGCAACGGGACGCCGCUCUCGAACCCAGGAGCUGAUGUGGCCCGCAACACCGCUUGCCUGCAGCUCAAACUCGAACUACCUGACAGUGUACAGUGAUUAUGGAGUAGACGUGUUUGAUGUCCACACCACAGAAUGGGUCCAGACCAUCUCAUUAAGAGGAAUUCGGCCCCUGAAUGUGGAGGGCAGUCUGAACCUGUUUGGCUCUGAGCAGCCCCACCUCAUCUACUUCAGAAACAACUCCUCAGAUGGCUGUGAUCUGGCCAUCCCUGAGACCUCAGACAACAGCAAGAAGCUGAUGGUGAGGACACGCAGCAAGAGGAAGUUCCUUUUUAAAGUACCGGAGGAGGAGCGGCUGCAGCAGAGAAGGGAGAUGCUGAGGGAUCCUGAAAUGAGAUCCAAGCUGAUCUCCAACCCCACCAACUUCAACCACGUGGCUCACAUGGGGCCAGGCGACGGCAUGCAGGUCCUCAUGGAUCUGCCUCUGAGUGUGAUGCCCUCUUCUCAGGACGAUCUAUCUAAAGACAAACCACGGCCUCUGUCCAGCAUCUCACGGCAGCAGAGGAGUAAGAGCCACAUCACCCGCACUGCCUCAGGAGGAGGAGAUUUUGGAGGAGCAGGGUCAUCUCGCAGUAUUUCUGAUCAAGAUCAAGACUUUGAGAGAGAGCCCGACUCUGACUCUACCAAACAUUCCACCCCCUCCAACAGCUCCAACCCCAGCAGCCCCCCGAGCCCCAACUCCCCCCACCGCAGUCAGCUCACCCUGGACAGCCUGGAUCAAUCCCUGGAUGGCUGAAAAUGACCGACUCCCCUUUUUUGUUUUUGCCCUGCACACACCGUAGACACACCCUCCCGUAUCCAUCUGCUCUGCUAGGACUCACUAAGAAGUGUCAAGACGCUUCCAAAAAGUCACCUGCUCAACCACCACAAGGGCCAAAGGUUUACCCCAAAUCCUGCUGCUGGGUAGAGGCCUCGAUCGCCACAAGAGCAGCGUGCUGGGUGUGUGCCGAGACAGGCGUAGGCGAAGCCACCAAAAGAAAAAAAGAUGAAACACUGCCCCCUGGUGGAGAUGUCCUGGUAUUACAGAUUAGCAGCAUGAUGGACUUUUAUUUUAUUUUAAAUCUUAAUUCCAUGCCAUGCUCCUGCAAGUUUUAUUUUUUAUUUGUAUUAGUAUUAAUAUUAUUAUUAUUUGCUUUAGUAAAUGAACAUGCAUUACAUCUGCUGUCAGAAUUGCUUCUGGAUUCUUAGCUUCCCUUCAAAGUAUUGAAUACAGGGGAAAAAAGAGACUUCCUAUGCUGUUUUUAAAUGUAUUAUUAUCAGGAACACUCAUCAAGAGAGGAGCGUAUCGGGAAGAGAUAAACUGUGGAUAAAAUAGGACUGUGACGUUCUUAUAUAACCCGACUGGACCAGUAACAUGAUUCGUCACAGACCGGUGAAAAUGUCUCAUAUGAUCAGUAGAUCGCUGACUGAGACUUUGGGGGUUUAAAGCCAAACCAGAGGGCACUUCUAUUACUAUAUCAUUUCUCUUUCUCUCUCCAGUUCUGCAUUUAAACCAGCCUUUAAAAUAUUCAUGUUUUAACUUCGACGUUUCCCUCAAAGAUAUCUAGUUCAGCUUAUCACCCGGAGAGAAAAAAAAGAAAGCAACAAAAAGGAAGACUUUACAUAGAGAUAAGUGUUUUAAUAAAAAUACAAAGGAGAACAGCACACAGCUACAACUAUUCAUAGGAUUUCAGUAGUUCCUCUUAAGCUGCUGCUGCUGCUUUGUGUGCUCUAUUUAAUAAUAAAAGUUACAAAAUAUAUAUGUGAUAAGGUUAUCUCUCCAUAGCCAUGCUCUGAUUCUGGUUUCUGAUGUGUGACACAUGCAAGCAGCCGUGUGGAUCCGUCACUGUUGAAGACUCCUAUCAGGACGCAGAUAUGAGUUUGUUUGUUGACAUGGCAUAUCCAUUAUCACUCAAGUGUGCCUUCAGUGCCAACUAGUAAUGAACUGUCCGCUAAAGCAUUUCAGUGGUUUUGAUGAGGCUGUCGGUCAUGUAUUAUGUUGUCCCCCGCCCUCCUGGAACACUGUAAGACACUUGCACAGGUUUUAGUCUAAGGAAAUGAUUUUGUGUGAAUGGUUUUUCCUGUACCUCCGGUUUCUCCCUCAUACUUCACACGUCCGCUUCUUCAGACGGACGUUUCUCCACAGAACACUACUGCUUUUACUUUAAAAGAAAGAAAAACAUAAUGAAUCACCGGUUGAAAUCUUUGUAAUUAUUGACUUGUUAGCCACAUAAAUUUGAAAAAAUAAAUAAAUAAAAGAGUACCUUU